AUGUUCGGCUCAUUGACUUCGUUAAUUAGCCUCUUCGCAUCUGUGCGUAUCCAGCUGGAAAUCGUGCUGACUGCGCAUAGAUUUGUAAAUGCUGGUUUCAUGGGCCGGUCUCUGUGUUCACAAGAUUUCCUUCCUCACGAUUCUUUACCUUGUGAUACUGAAGCAUGGGAUCGCGGGGAGCUCGCUCCAAGUGAACCAAUCUUCGUCACUGCGGCUACAUCUGUGAAGACAGACUCAUUUGGAAGACUUUGUCAGAUGGGCCUGCUGUUAGGGCGCAUUUUGGAACACAGAGACGAUCAGCAUACUUUGAAUGGGGUUGACCGCUUUGAAAAUGCGCUGCAGCUCAAUAGGACCCUCCGCUCUCUUUUGUCGAAAGUCAAGAAAGAGUUUGCGUCUGGUUCAUCCGAUUAUGGCCUGUCGGUAUGUUUAGGCUUUACGGCUAUGGUUGCCUUGCAUGAAUUGUACGCUUGCACUGGCACCAAUCGAGGGACGAACACAGUGCAAGAAACGGAGAUGCAAACGAUAUCGAUCAAGGAGCUGAAGUCUCUCACAGCUGAAAUACGCUCACAUUUGGUCCAGUGGCUCGAUAAACGUCUGAAUUUGUGCGAUAUAGGGCCACUGGCCUGUAACUGUAUUUACCAAGCAGCUGCUACAUCUGCUUGGUACGCUAGAGAAUCUGGAGACAGCUGGAUGCAAGAAUCACAUGGAAUCUUUGUCAACGCAUUGGAGCAAAUACAACCCCGCUGGGCUGUUGCUGGUGAGGAAGUCCGUCUUCUAUUCCUAAUUUAA